AAUAAUAAUAAGAAUAAUAAUAACAUUAUUAGCACAUCCUCCACGGGAGUGAAGGACGAUGCGAGUGAUAUUGAAAUGAAACGGAUGUGUGAACUGCAGCGGCUGCUGCGACUGGAACGAUAUAUGCGAUUGGCGGCGGAGCGGCGAAUGAUGGAAGAAAGUGAAAAAGGCACGCGGGCCGCUAUCAUUAUUGAAGCAAACUACGGUGCACGUCUACUGCACUCCAUAUUUCUAGAAGCUAUCGAAUCACUUUCAACAACAACAACAAAUAAUGAUAAUAAUAAUAAUAAUAAUACAUGGGAUAGGGUUAGAGAUACGACGGAUGUUCACAAUCGUGUUUCUCCGCGGCGACGACCGCCACAACUGUUGGCCCCGGCCCGAGAUGUCGACGAGACCACAACUUCUGUGGAAACAACAACACCGACGGCGAGUUACGAGAAUUUGUUGGAGGAGAACACCGCCCUGCGGGAGGAGUUGGAGCGGUGUAAAUCCAUCGAGACCGCAGAUCGACUGGAGAUGAAUGAACUCUACAGGAAUAUGCGAACAUUGAUUGAGCAGCUCACGCGUGAGAGAAAUGCCCUGCAGGCGGAACUCACAUACUGGAAAACACAACGUGUGGAUCUCGCGCGUAAUAUAGACAGUGGAGGGAGAAUCAUCCCAUUACAAUCACCUUUACAAUCAUCAUUACAACAACAACCAUGGCAUUAUGUGCAUCUUGUAGAGGCAACACCAUCAAACACAGAGGAAUUGCCUGAAUCCGCAUACCGUAGACGGGUGCUGCCAAUCUCCUAA